CCAAGAUGGUCAUCAGUUAAUCGGUUACGUUCGCUCGGUGCACCUCUAGUCCCCUCUGUGUGUUUUCUGUGACCCCAGUGAAGAUGAAACCCUUUGCCUUUAUCGUUCUGGCUGCCCUCAGCUUGGCCGUGGUCGAUGGACGUCCCGGUGCCAAUGGCUAUCUGCCACCUCUGCCCCUCAAGGAGGUGUCCGCUGCGCCCAGUUUCCAGCAGGUGGUGCAGCCACAGAUUCAGCAGCAGAUCCAGCAUCAGAUCCAGUCGCAGGUCCACAUUCAGCCACAGAUCCAGGCCCAUGUGGAGUCCAUCAAGGCCUCCAUCCCAUUGGCCAGCUUCACCAUCCACUCGGGCGGACAGCAGCAUUACCAGAGUGCUCCGGCUCCGGUUCCGGUUUCGAUCCCUGCCCCUGUUCCUGCUCCAGUUUCUAUCCCUGCCCCUUCUCCAGUUUCGAUCCCAGCCCCUGUUCCUGCUCCCGUUGAGAUCCCCCAGCCAGCUCCCCAGGUGAUCUACGAGCCACCCAAGCCCAUUGUGGCCACACAGACAGCGGUGAGGAACGCCUAUCUGCCACCCACUCCCGUCCAGCAGUUUGUGCCCGCUCCAGAGCCAGUGGUUGAAACCGUUGCACCACAGCAGGAGACCAUCACUUACUCGGCUCCAGCUCCCGCACCAGUUCCAAUUGCGGUGCCAGUUCCUGCUAUCCAUGAACAACAUCAGGUGGUACACCAGACUUACUCCGCUCCGGCUCCAGUGGUUCAGGAACAACACUACAGUGCUCCAGCUCCAGUGGUCCAGCAGACUUACUUUGCUCGAGCUCCAGUGGUUCAGGAACAACACUACAGUGCUCCGGCUCCUGUGGUCCAGCAGACUUACUCUGCUCCGGCUCCCGUCCCAGUUCUUAUUGCAGUGCCAGUUCCUGCUAUCCAUGAACAGCAUCAGGUGGUGCACCAGACUUACUCUGCUCCUGCUCCCGCUCCAGUGGUUCAGGAACAGUUCUACAGUGCUCCAGCUCCUGCGGUUCAGCAGUCCUACUCCGCCCCAGCUCCUGUUGCUCAGCAGACCUACUCCUACCCAGCUCCAGUGGUUCAGCAGGCUCCUGUCAUUCAGCAAGCACCAGUGGUUCAGGAAGUGGUUCAGCAGGCUCCAGUGGUCCAACAGACCUACAGCGCUCCGGCUCCAGUGGUACAGGAAGUGGUUCAGCAGGCUCCAGUGGUUCAACAGACCUACAGCGCUCCCGCCCCAGUGGUUCAGCAGACAUACGCUGCUCCCGCUCCUGUGGUUCAGGAGGCCAUUCAGCAAGCACCUGUGAUACAGCAGGCUCCUGUGGUUCAGGAAGUUGCUCAGCAGGCUCCAGUGGUUCAACAGACCUACUCCUACCCAGCUCCAGUGGUUCAGCAGGCUCCUGUCAUUCAGCAAGCCCCUGUCAUUCAGCAAGCCCCUGUGGUUCAGGAAGUGGUUCAGCAGGCUCCAGUGGUUCAACAGACCUACAGCGCUCCCGCUCCAGUGGUGCAGGAAGUGGUUCAGCAGGCUCCAGUGGUUCAGCAGACCUAUUCGGCUCCCGCUCCCGCUCCAGUGGUUCAACAGACCUACUCCGCUCCGGCUCCCGUUUCGAUCCCUGAACCGGUUCAGCAGAUUGUGCAGCAACAGCAAUACAGUGGCUACUCCUACCAGGCUCCUCAGCCCGUGUCCAUUCCUGCUCCAGCUCCGGUUCAGGUGUCCCUUCCCGCUCCCGCUCCUGUGCAGCUCCAGCAAUCCUUUGUGCCAGCACCACCUGCCCCCCUUCCCGUCCAGCAGCCACCCCAACCCAUUGUACAGUACACCCCACCGGUGGUGCAACAGCAGGUGACCUACACCCAGUCCGCUCCCGCUCCUGCUCCUGCUCCCCUUCCCAUCGUCCAGAAGACUGAGAUCGUGGCCGCUCCCGCUCCAGUUCCAGUUCCAGCUCCCGUGGAGAUCGGAACGACCUAUGCCGCCAACGGUGGCUACCUGUACAAGUAGGAUGCCCGUGAACGGACCCCAGCGGAGGUCCGAACUCGCAUCGAGUUGUGGAUCGAACAUUAAUCGCUGAUCGGUUCAUCUGAACUUAGUGUUACGUAGCCAAUUUCUAGCACAUUUUUUGUUAUCGUUAUACAAUUUUUGUUACGUUUUUGUUAAUCAAUAAACUGUUUUUGUUAU